CAUGGCCGAGGAAAAGAAAAGUGAAUUAAGAGGGUGCAUCAAGAACACUACAGGCCCUUGGAUAGUCCACAAAGCCAGGAAAGAUGGAAGGCUUGUCACACGAUACCGAUUCCCUUCAGAGACUGAACGCCAAAACAACAAAAGAAGGGAGUGCAAGCGACGAUCCUUGGCCCGAAAGAUAUUUGCCGGCCUUCGAGCUCAUGGAAAUUAUAAGCUGCCUAAACAUGCCGAUUCUAAUGACUUGCUGAAGGCUGUUUGUGAAGAAGCGGGUUGGCAUGUCGAAGAGGAUGGAACCAUUUCCAGAAGAAAUGUUCACUCGGAUUUGUCAAGCUCAAGUUCUCCAAUGGUGUCACUUGAAGAUCCUGCUUAUUGCACUUGUGGUGAUCGUGAAAAUGUAGAACAUGCCAACCGCUUUGCCUCAAAAAAAGCCUCUUCGGCCAAGGAGCUUGUUCAUGAAGAAAAUAUUAAUCUCUCACUCUCAUUAUAA